GCUAAAAGUGAAAAUCCAAUAAUUGAAUUUACGUCUAGUCUUGAAAAACUUUAUCCAAACGAGUAUGAAUUUAGUGAUCAGAAAUUGAAAGCAUGGAAAACAAUGUUAUGUGCUGCAGAUUAUCACAAUAUAACACCUUAG